AAGGGUGUGGCCGAUAAACCUUCAUUUUAACAAUAAAUAAACAUUUAACUAAUAAUAAACAAAUCGUCGAAGGACUGGGUCGCGCGUGUUCCUUUCUUUACCUCAGUCGCACUCGAUCGCUAGUUAAGUGAAAAAAGGACUUAAUAUAAAUAAAGUGGCAUAUAGUAAAUGUUUAUAACGGGGUGCGGUACUUAAAUUUAAGCAAAAAUGUCUGCCAGAGAAGAAGAAUCGUUCGUAAAUAGUUUGGAAUGUGAAAGGGGCGAAAGUAAAAAAUUGGUGGAGGACGUUUAUAAAACUACAGUUUAUACGGCGGAAAAUGAGGGUGAGGGUGAGAGUGGACCGUCGAGGGAGAGCGCUUGUUGGUUCUUACAUUGGGCCGCUAUUACAGCGGAUGUACCCUUAUACACCGCCGGGCUGGCCAUGUCCUGGACCUCACCGGUUAUCCCGAGACUACGCGGUUCAGAAAACCCUUUCGACCGCCCCGUUACCACCACCGAGGAGGCCUGGAUCGCCUCGUUUACUCCCUUAGGGUCUGCCAUAGGGCCCAUAGCGGCCGGAUAUUGUGCCGAUAAGUUAGGGAGGAAAAAGGCGUUGCUGGCCCUCUCUCUACCUAUGCUACUCGGGUUUAUUAUUUUGGCUGUGGCCAAGCAGAUUGAGCUUUAUUACUUUGCUAGAUUUCUUAUCGGACUGGGCGCAGGAGGAGCAUUCGCAGUAGUCCCGAUGUACGUGGGUGAAAUCAGCCAGGCGCACAACAGAGGGAAAUACGGGAGCGCGAUGGGCGUCCUCAUCACCUUGGGCAUCAUCUAUCCUUUUUCCAUAGGACCGUUGCUCUCGUUGCCGAUCUACAGUCUCACUUGCGGAGUCCCACUUCUGAUCUUCAUGUUGGUGUUCUCGAUUUUCAUGCCGGAAUCCCCGUAUUAUUUAACAGUGCAGGGAGAUUAUGCCGGGGCAGAGAGGUCGCUACGCAAGCUCAGACAAAGAGGUACGACCCUGAGGAACGAGCUGAUAGAAAUCAAAGAUGGGGUGGAGCAGGAGAGGAAGAACACCGCCGGGGUGAAGGAGUUGUUUACGUCACCAGGCGGGCGUAAGGCGUUAUAUAUUUCUUUCGGUUUGGUUGCCCUGCAACAGUUUGCCGGGAUUAAUCCGUUGCUGUCUUUUAUGGGGAGCAUUUACGAGUCGGCCGGCACAGAUAUUCCGCCUAACGUGUGCACCAUUAUCACCGGGUGUGUCCAAGUCGCCUCGAAUACCGCCUGUAUUUUUAUGGUCGAGAAAAUGGGCAGGAAGUUGUUGCUUUUGGUUUGUUGCAUUUUUUGCUUCAUGUCCAUGACGGUUUUGGGGCUCUACUUCUUUUUUAAAGGGCGUGGGUACGAUAUGGGGCCGGUUUUCUGGCUGCCCAUCACCUGUCUGAUCGUUUACAUGUUGGUUUUCAGUUUCGGAUUGGGUCCGUUGCCCUGGACCGUUAUGGGGGAAAUUUUUCCCGCCAACGUCAAGGGGAUCGCUUCGGCAUUGACUUCCACCACCUCCUUUUUGACUUCCUCAUUGAUUACGUUCAUUUUCCCGAUUAUUUCGGCCAAUUUGGGGAUGGCGGGGGGCUUUUGGCUCUUUGCAGCCUUCUGCUUGAUCGGAUAUUUUUUUAUUUAUUUUGAACUGUUUGAGACUAAAGGGAAAUCGUUGGCCGAGAUACAGAGGAUAUUGCAGAAGGACGUGAAAUGAUUAUUAUUUUUUUCUUAAUGAAAUGACUGAAAUUGUUAAGGAAUUUUCAUCCUUGGGACCCCCUGUAUAUUCUCCUGAAGGCCACUCAGGUUUAUGCAUAAUUUACAAUUAAUAUAUACGUUGUUAAACUUUUAUAGAGUGACAUAAUUAGUGUUAUAAGGAAGUGCUAUAGUGCAGUAGAUUUACAUAUUUAUAGAGACUUUAUUAUUAUAUUAAAUUGGAUUUAAUCCCAAAGUGUAAUAAAUUAAAAAGUGCGUAUUGAAUUAUAUAAAAUAUGCUGAAUAUUUUAAUAAACAUGAAUAAAUUGUACCGCAAUAAAUGUUAUAUACACGA